AGCUCUGCAUGGGUGGUGUUACAGACUAUCUGGAUAGGGUAGAAACCGCUUGAAUCGCUCGGCUCACACAACUCGAUACCUUGUUGGUACCGCCGACGGAGCAGCUAGUCACGGUGCUAUAUGUAGACGGAGCUCCCUCUAGCGAGCAGUUGACAACUACCUGUUAGCCACCAAUUCUGCAUAGGACCUCUGCUCCUGUCGGCGUCGAAUCCUUCGAAAUUUCCCUUAUCCCACUCGACAACAUGGCUUACGCUGUCCACCACCUGACUGAUGGCUGGACCUUCAAACAAACCGACGAUUCUGGGGAAGAUGCGUGGUUACCUGUGAAAAGAGUGCCAACGAAUGUCCACCUUGAUCUUAUCGACAAUGUGAAAAUUCCCGACCCCUUUCUAGGAUUCAACGAACUGGAGGCCGAGUGGGUUGCCGACAAGACCUGGACGUACAGGGUGAAGCUCCCCGAAAUCGAAGCUCCCUCCAAUGGCACCGUCAACGUCUUGGCCUUUGAUGGUUUGGACACCUUUGCGACAGUGAAGCUCAAUGGAACGGUCAUCCUGGAAAGCGACAAUAUGUUCGUGCCCCACCGGGUAGACGUGACAAAAUCCUUGAACAGUGGGACAGAUAAUGUGCUGGAGAUUGAUUUCGCAUCCGCGAGGCUGCGUGCCAUCGAAAUACGUGAAGCCCAUCCGGAGCACACUUGGGUUGGAUUCAAUGGCGACAUGUCUCGCCUCGCUGUCCGCAAAGCACAGUAUCACUGGGGUUGGGAUUGGGGCCCGAUACUGAACACCUGUGGGCCAUGGCGUUCUGUAAGACUGGAGACGUACCAAUCAAGAUUAUCGGACUUGAGAAUCGACUACGAACUUGCUCGCGCACUCAAAUCUGUUAGCGGAACUAUCACUGCGAAGAUCGAUGGAAGUUCGGGCAGUACGGUCGGCUUCAAGAUACAAAGUGGUGGCGAUACCCUUCUUGACGAGGCUGUGCAAAUAGAGAAGGGUAUAGCUACCGUGCAAUUUCAUCUCGAUGAGCCCAAGCUGUGGUACCCACACGGAUAUGGCGACCAACCGCUGUACAAUGUCACCGCAACCCUAUCAGCUGGCAGUAUUGAGCUGCACAAAGCGACCCGGCGCAUUGGCUUCAGGAGGGGUGAACUUGUCCAGGAGCCUGAUGACAUUGGAAAGACCUUCUUCUUCCGCAUCAAUGGUGUGGAUGUUUUCUGCGGCGGCUCCGAUUGGAUUCCCGCCGAUUCGUUUACCCCAAGAGUCUCCGAGGAGCGUUACAGGAAAUGGUUGGAGUUGAUGGUGGAUGGGUACCAAGUCAUGAUUCGGAUUUGGGGCGGAGGUAUCUGGGAGGAAGAUAUCUUCUAUGACAUCUGCGAUGAACUGGGCAUUUUGGUGUGGCAGGACUUCAUGUUUGGCUGCGGCAACUACCCGACUUUCCCGGAGAUGCUGCAGUCGAUCCGCGAAGAAUGCGUCGCCAACGUCAGCAGGCUACGGCACCAUCCCUCUAUUGUCAUCUACGCGGGGAACAAUGAGGACUACCAAGUGCAAGAGUCUUUCGGGUUGACAUACGAUUACGAAGACAAGGACCCAGACAACUGGCUCAAGACAGACUUCCCUGCGAGAUUCAUUUACGAGAAGCUUUUGCCCGAAGUCGUUGCUGCCGAAAGCCCGCAUGUGCCGUAUCAUCCUGGAAGCCCUUGGGGCGAUGGCCUGAAGACAUCCAAUCCCAAGGUCGGCGACAUGCACCAAUGGAAUGUAUGGCAUGGCACGCAAGAGAAGUAUCAGAUCUUUGACACGCUUGGCGGUCGAUUCAACAGUGAGUUCGGAAUGGAGGCAUUCCCUCACAUUGAUACAAUCAGAUCCUACUGCACGGAUCCUUCGCAGCUUUACCCGCAGUCACAUAUGCUUGACUUCCACAAUAAAGCAGAUGGGCAUGAAAGGAGGAUAGCGACGUAUUUGGUGGAGAAUUUCAGAACCCAAACGGAUUUGGAGGCAUUUAUCCACCUUACGCAACUCUCUCAAGCGGAGGCCUUGAUGUUCGGGUACCGGGGCUGGCGCAGACAGUGGGGCCAGAAGCGCUUUUGCGGAGGUGCAUUGGUAUGGCAGCUCAACGACUGCUGGCCCGUCACAUCAUGGUCGAUUGUGGAUUACUUCCUGCGCAAAAAGCCGGCAUACUACGCCAUGAGACGCGUCUUGGCACCGGUCGCCGUAGCAGUAAAGCGUGCCCAUUUUGACUGGAGCGUGGUUCAUGCACGUGUCCCAAAGAGCAGCGACUACGAAGUGUGGGUUGCCAGCAACCAGCCAACGGAAUUGACGGGCACGGUGGAGCUACGAUUCAUAUCCAUUUCAACAGGGACGGAAAUUAAGGAACGUGUCGUCAAGAAAGACAUCCGCAUCGUGGCAAACGGGACGACGGAUGUGCUAUCAGGCACGAUCGACAACGUCAACGAAGAGCCACAUGUUCUCGCAGCUAGGAUCUGGGUUGACGGUAAGAUAGUAUCACGCGACGUCGACUGGCCACAGCCGCUCAAGUAUCUACGCUUUGACGACCGCGGAGUCGAAGUAGAGCGCCACGGCAACAGAAUUUACAUUCGAGCCCGGCGACCUACGAAGGGCCUGGUGUUCGAGGAACGAAGCGGAGUCCUUGUCGACGACAGCGCCAUUGACGUGGUACCUGGCGAUGAACAGGUCAUCCGCGUGAGGGGCCUAGCGCCAGACGAUGCAAUGCUGGGGUGGACAUACCUGGGAAAGAGUUGAUGCAGAGCCCCUCACUUGAAGGUCCGUCCUGCAGCGUUGGACCGAUGCGCAACAGGAGUGGAGCCGGGAGCACAGAGGCAGCACGCAGGAGGUGGAGUUGUGGAGGCAGACGCAUGCAACGGCCGGAGUGUGCAAAGUUGCGAUGGGCACGGUACAUGCAGGAUGACAAGGCGGACACAGAGAAUCCAGCAAACCGUAGGGCUCCAGAAGCGUUGCAGACAACCAGGCGGAUUGUGGAGGGGGUGAUGCCUGGCGGAUGGCGCUAUGGCGGGGAAUUGGCCGAAGCCUGAAGUCGAGAGCUUCCUGAAGGGAGAUAUUGAGGGGC